AUGGAUGUCACUCAGGUGUUGAAUAAUACCCUAUCGGCUGAUGCGAAUACGCGUCAGGCCGCCGAGCAGCAGUUGAUUCACGCUGCCGAAGUUGACUUUCCUGCCUAUCUCGUCACACUUUCAGAGGCUCUCGCAAGCGAAGAAUCCCCCGGCCAUAUCCGUUCCGCCGCUGGUAUCGCUCUUAAAAACUCUCUCACAUUUAGGGAUGUCGUUAGGCUGCGCGAAGUCCAAGCCCGAUGGGCUCAGCAGGUCCCCCCUCCCACAAAGGCGCAAGUGAAAGCGUUUACACUGCAGACAUUAAACACCAAAGAUGGUCGUGCCGGUCACUCUGCCGCCCAAGUAGUUACAGCCAUCGCUACUAUCGAACUACCCCGAAACGAAUGGCCAGAGUUGAUGCCCACCUUGGUGCAGAAUGUGGGCAGUGGAUCAGAUGCGCUCAAACAAAAUUCUUUAGCUACCCUGGGUUUCAUCUGUGAGGAGCGGGAUCCGGAUAUGCGUACUGCCUUGGCUGGAAGCUCAAAUGCUAUCUUAACCGCUGUUGUCCAGGGUGCUCGUCGCGAUGAGCCAAAAGCCGAAGUUCGAAUUGCUGCUUUGCAGGCUCUUGCGGAUGCAACAGAUUUUAUUGGUAGCAACAUGGGCAAUGAAGGAGAGCGGAAUUAUAUUAUGCAGGUGGUCUGUGAGGCUACUCAGGCUGAAGAUACGCGAAUCCAGGCAGGUGCUUUUGGCUGUCUUAACCGUAUCAUGGCUAGCUACUACGAUAAGAUGCGUUUCUAUAUGGAAAAGGCUCUCUUCGGGCUAACAAUCAUGGGUAUGCGCAAUGAGGAGGAGGAUGUUGCCAAGCUUGCUAUUGAGUUUUGGUGCACCGUUUGCGAGGAGGAAAUUACCAUUGAAGACGAUAAUGCUGCGGCUCCAGACCCUUCGAUGUACCGACAUUUCUUCAACUUUGCUAGAAUCGCCUGCCGUGAGGUCGUUCCUGUUCUUCUUUCUCUUAUGACGAAGCAAGAUGAGGAUGCCACUGAUGAUGAAUACAAUGUCUCCCGCGCUGCCUACCAAGCCCUUCAACUUUAUGCUCAGUGCGUGCAAGGUGAUAUCAUCCAGCCUGUGCUUACCUUUGUCGAAGAGAAUAUCAAGAGCGAGGACUGGCACAAUCGUGAUGCCGCUGUCGCCGCUUUCGGUGCUAUCAUGGAUGGUCCUGAAAUCGAGGUUCUGGAACCUCUUGUCAAGCAAGCACUUCCAGUUCUCUUGGGUAUGAUGGAGGACCAGUCCGUCAUUGUCCGUGACUCUACAGCUUUUGCCCUAGGUAAGAUCUGUGAGGCUUGUCCUACUGGUGUCGACGUCGAUGUCCACCUCCAGCCACUUAUUGCCGCUUUAUUUGGUGGUUUGGCUAGCACCCCUAAGAUUGCUGGCUCUUGCUGCUGGGCUCUUAUUAGCAUUGCCGAGAACUUUUCACUACAAGGUGACGGCCAGACCAAUCCUUUGUCGAAACAUUUUGAAGAGAGCAUCAAGUCUUUGCUUGCUCUCACUGAGCGACAUGACACCGAGAACCAGCUCCGAACUGCUGCGUAUGAAGUUAUCAACGCAUGGGUUACUAAUUCCGCCAACGAUAGUCUUGCGAUGGUUGCUAGUCUCUCCGAUGUCAUUCUGCAGCGCCUUGAGCAGACUGUGACUCUCCAACAACAGGUCGUUAGUGUCGAAGAUCGCAUUGCUUUGGAGGAGAUGCAAUCCAGCUUGACUGUCGUUUUGCUGGCCAUCAUUCAACGCCUAGAAGGCGAGAUUAAACCCCAAGCGGACCGCAUUAUGCACAUCUUGCUUCAGGUUCUCUCAACCUUGCCUCCCAAGUCCAGCGUUCCCGAUAUUGUUUUCGCAGCUGUUGGUGCAGUUGCCAGCGCUUUGGAAGAGGAUUUCCUCAAGUAUAUGGAGUCAUUCUCGCCAUUCCUCUACAAGGCUCUUCAGAACCACGAAGAACCUGGUCUGUGCGCCAUUGGUGUGGGCUUGGUUGGCGAUAUUACCCGCGCUUUGAAUGAGAAGGUUCAGCCUUUCUGCGAUACCUUUAUGAAUCAGAUGUUGAGCAUUUUGACAAACAGCGGUCUUCGCGAUACACUCAAACCCGCCGUGCUCGUCACCUUCGGAGAUAUUGCCCAAGCUAUUGGCACACACUUCCAGACUUAUUUGUCUGUUGUCGCCCAAGUCCUUCAGCAGGCUUCUAGUGUCACACUCGCCAACGAUGUUGAUGCCGACACCGUGCAAUACGUCAUCUCUCUCCGUGAAGGUAUCAUGGAUGCUUGGGGUGGUAUUCUCUUGGCCUACAAGGGUACUCCUCAGAUCGGUGCCCUUCAACCGUAUAUCGAUGCUAUUUUCCAGCUUCUUCAUCUUAUCUCCAUUGAUACCCAGCGCAGUGAAGGCUUGAUGCGUUCUACUAUGGGUGUUCUUGGUGAUAUCGCGGACGCAUUCCCCAAUGGCGAGUUUGCCUCCUUCUUCCGCAACGAAUGGGUCACUUCAUUUGUUCGUGAAGUCCGCACAAACCCUCAUUAUAGCCAGCGCACUCUCGAUACUGCUCGCUGGGCACGUGAGCAAGUCAAGCGCCAGAUUAAUCUCGCUACUGCCGCUGCUAUGUCUUGA